CGGCGGCGAGCUGUCGGAUUCAAAUCCAGAGCAUUGGGCCGGCGUUCGUUGGUCUCAGUCAAGUAGUUGUACUGAUCUUAGCCGGCCGCGUCCUUUGUUGCGCCCUGUUCUGUGUUCUCGUUUUCUCCUCAGGAUGGCCCAGAAGCAGAUCUACUAUUCGGACAAGUAUUUCGACGAGCACUACGAGUACCGUCAUGUCAUGUUACCCAGAGAACUUUCCAAACAAGUACCCAAAACUCAUCUGAUGUCUGAAGAGGAAUGGAGGAGACUAGGUGUCCAACAGAGUCUAGGAUGGGUUCAUUACAUGAUUCAUGAGCCAGAACCGCAUAUUCUUCUGUUUAGACGACCUCUUCCAAAAGAGCAACAGAAGUGAAGUUCAUCUGGGAUCUUCUAAUCUUUUUCAAAUUUAAUGUAUAUGUGUAUAGAUGGUAGUAUUCAGUGAAUACUUGAAAAAUGUACAAAUCAUUCUCCAUACCUGUGCAUGAGCUGUAUUCUUAACAGCAACAGAGCUCAGUUAAAUGCAACUACAAGUAGCUUGUUUUAAGUUGUUAAAGAUAAAAUUUUCUUAUAGUUUUUUCUUAAUAUAAGUGCCUGUUUUACUUUACCUGUUCCUUUUGUUAAAUAAAGUUUGUAUGUUGCAUUUA